GACCCAGCAGCACACUCCAGCUUCAAAACACAACAUCAAAAUGGCGCAAGUGAAGUAUGCUGUCAUCCUUCUAAAACUGCUCUUGUACUCAGCAUGCCUCGUGGCCGUGCGUUCUCAGCCUGACAAUCACAGUGAACACUUGUCGACGAUGAUAGACCAGCAAAGCGGGAAAUUAACCACAGAGACGGAAGCGGCUCGGAAAAGGCCCAUUCCUAAACCCUCGCGUACAGUGGACAACGUAGACGAGGAAAACCUCCAAGGCAUCGGUGACAGUGGAAUCGAAAGAACAGUUAAAAAGGAGGAAGAAAGCAGUGUGGAUAAAGUAAACAGGAAAAAGAGCGACAACGGAAAUAAGAGGAACAGUAGCAGCGCACGCAGUAACCUGCCCGCGGCCAAGCUGCAGGAUCUCAAAUCCUCCACCUCCUUAGUGGGAAAUUUACUCUUACUCCUGAUUUCCGUUGUCAUCGCUGGGUCCUUGUUCGUCAUGCUCCUCUGUUUCGUCCAUAAGUGGAAGGAAAACAUGGGAACGGCGCGGUACCCCCGAGUCGUCUACUCGAUGCUACGCCAGAGCGAGGAGGAGCCCGAGGAUGUUCUUGGGGAGAUCCUCAUCAACAUAGGCUUGGCGACGCCCGAGGACACGCGGCCCAUCACCCCGACGACGUCUUCAGAUACAUCCGAAACGUCCCAGGAGAUGUCUGAUCACGAGGUGGACGUCAACGCCUUCGACGGAUCCAGAUUCACGACGAUUCCGCUGAGGUCCGACGAGGCUGCCAGACGCCUCAUGGCCCCCGAGGGUGAGGAAUCGGACGAGGAGUUGCUGCAGUGAGGAAUGUGGUUGUUAAUUAAUGGUCUUCUAUCAGCUCUUGUGGUGAGUCAACAUGAGAUUCUCGACCCCAGUUUCCCCUGCGCAAGUUAAGGCUUUGUGGUGAAAUAAGCAAAUAAGGGAAAAAAAGAGAACGAAGAAAAGAGAGGCAAAGGAAUAAGAAGUGAAAAGGAAGGAUAAUAAGGAAAGAAAAGGAAAUAUAAAAUACGGGAAAAGAAUAAAAGGGUAUAACAUGGUGACCCAAUAUCUUGUCAGGAACAAUGGUUUUGUUUUGAAAAUAUGAAACAGUACAGUGCGCAUCAUACCUGCAUCUUCUUACUUUCACCAUCCGUCCUAAAAGAAUAUCCUUUUUCCAUAUAUUUACAGGAAUGCAGAAACAAGUGCAUACAUGGAAAACUUCAUUGGUUUAUUUGUGAAAGAUAUGUUAUUAGAGAGAGAGGAAAAGAAACCGCAACAUUUUAAAACGUAUGAAUGGUCUACCUACAAAAAGUACGUUGUGUAGUUGUGUUCGCCAACGUCUGUUACGAGAAUUCACGUAUCGUGUAAUGUAUAACGGGUCGAUCAGUGGAAAUACUCACAGGCAGUUAAUAAAGACACUGCAGUUUACGUUUUCUUUAGAAAGACAACCAAUGUUUCGUGAACAGUGUGUAAGGAAGUCUGUGAUUAUCAAAUAUGUUGACUAACGGCCUCAGAAAAUACAGACUAAUCCGAGGGAAGAUUAUGCACCCCAAUGCAGUUUAAAAUCAUAUGAAUAUGGCACAAAUGUACAUAUAUGUUGGAAAUCCCCCAAACCUUAUUCUCAUUUUUAAGUUUCCAUGUGACAGGGGUGCGGGGGAAAAUAGGGUUUUAAAAACAAUGUAUAAGCAAAAAUAUAUAUACAAGUAUAUAUGUAUGUAUGUAUAGAAAAUAAGAUGCUGAAAGAAAUCCGAGGCUGAAUUAAUACAAGGAAAAUAACAAAAUGGCUUUAGGAUUCAGCUUGUGUAAGCAAUAAUGUAAAUCUACAGAAUUCAGUCAUUUUGGCGAUGCGUUUUUUUGGUUUCUUUAUUUGUUUUAUUAUUUGUUUCAUUUCGAGUACCUUUUCCCUGUUUAAGUCAGUACCUCCAGUAGCGAGCUUAAUAGCAAGAUCUAGAAAAUCAUAGGGUAAAAAGAAUAUAAAACAUUGCUUUAAAGAUUAUGACCCAUUAUGUGUGUUUGAGACAUAUGCUUGUUAUAUAUAUUCUAAGGCAUACAUAUACGUGUUGAGAAUGGUUUUGCAUUAUCUACAAAAUGUCCCAGGAAGUUUUACACUCUCCGUCCGAACGAAAUAUCAUCUUUGUACACAGAAUAUGUAU